AUGUCUCAAGAUAAUUACAAUUUCAAGUUUAGCCAAUGCUUUGGGGACAAAGCAGAUAUUGUCGUCACUGAAGCAGAUAUUAUUACAGCAUCUGAAUUCGAUCAUACUGGUAACUAUUUAGCUACAGGUGAUAAAGGUGGUAGAGUCGUCUUAUUCGAAAGAAAUAAUAAUAAACAUUGUGAAUACAAGUUUUUGACUGAAUUUCAAUCGCACGAUGCAGAGUUCGAUUAUUUAAAAUCAUUGGAAAUUGAAGAAAAGAUAAAUCAAAUAAAAUGGUUAAAACCAAUUCAAAAAUCUCAUUUACUUCUAAGUACAAAUGAUAAGACCAUAAAACUGUGGAAAAUUUAUGAAAAAAAUAUUAAGUUAGUCUCUGAAAAUAAUCUCAGUGAAACUCAUAAUAAUAAAGAUAAAAAAAUAUCAUUACAAAAUUUAAAAUUACCUCAAUUAUCAAAUCAUGAUAAAAUCAUUGCUGCAUCUCCAAAAAGAAUUUAUUCAAAUGCCCAUACUUAUCACAUUAAUUCAAUAUCACCAAAUUCUGAUCAAGAAACUUUUAUAAGUGCUGAUGAUCUAAGAAUUAAUCUUUGGAAUUUAGAUUUACCUGAUCAGUCAUUCAAUAUUGUGGAUAUCAAACCGGCAAAUAUGGAAGAAUUGACUGAAGUAAUAACAUGUGCUGAAUUUCACCCAAUUCAUUGUAAUUAUUUCAUGUAUUCGUCAUCGAAGGGAACUGUAAAAUUAUGUGAUAUGAGAGAAAAUUCUUUAUGUGAUAAUAAAGCAAAAGUAUUCGAAGAAUAUGUUAAUCCAAUAAAUCAUAAUUUUUUCACUGAGAUAACAUCAUCAAUAUCUGACAUUAAAUUUAGCCCGAAUGGUAGAUAUAUUGCAUCAAGAGAUUACUUAACCGUUAAAAUUUGGGAUGUAAAUAUGAAUAAUAAACCAAUCAAAACUAUUAAUAUUCAUGAACAAUUAAAAGAAAGAUUGAGUGACACUUAUGAAAAUGAUGCAAUUUUUGACAAAUUUGAAAUUGAAUUCAGCGGUGAUAGUUCGAGUUUAAUGACUGGCUCAUAUAAUAACACUUUUAUGAUUUAUCCAAAUGUUGUAAAUACAAGUGAAUUUGAUAAUAAUGGCAUUUUUAAGACUUUCGAUACAUCAAAGAAAAAUCAAUCAACAGGUAGAAAUUCAAAUAAACGCAAGUCAAAAGGAACUAAUGAAAGUGAAGAGGGACAAGAAAAUCCUGAAAAUAACGGUGGUAAUCUUGAUGAAAUUGUUUUACAAGCCGAUAAAUCUGCUUUUAGAAAUAAACAAUAUGGAUCUUUAGCCCAAAGAAGUGCAAGGAAUAAAGAGUGGGGUGAUGAUAUUGAUUUUAAGAAAAGUAUACUACAUUUCUCAUGGCAUCCAAAAGAAAAUAGUAUAGCUAUUGCAGCAACAAAUAAUUUAUUCAUAUUUUCUGCAUUAUAA